AUCGUCUACUGUGAAUUGUGAAUUUGUGAUCUCCAAAGUCCAAACACAAACACAUCAACCUCCGAAUCUUUGCGCUCUUUCUCACACUCUCUCGCUCUCUCUCUCUCUCACACACACACACACUCAGAAGACUUUGCACUCUUCUGUUGUCUCUCUCUCUCUCUUCGCCGUCAGUUUGUGAAUCGGGUUUUCAACCCAGCAGGUACGCACAUGGCAAUGCAGGAAGCAAGCCCUGCCACCGCUCCUAGUGCCCAAGUUGUCGGCAAUGCAUUUGUGGAGCAAUACUAUCACAUUCUACACCAAUCCCCAAAUUUGGUGCACAGAUUUUACCAGGACUCAAGUUUCUUAAGCCGUUCAGACAACGAUGGCCAGAUGACAACUGUGACUACUAUGCAAGCAAUCAAUGAAAAGAUACUUUCCUUGAAUUAUGAAGAUUAUACAGCAGAAAUAAAAACUGCUGAUGCUCAGGAGUCAUAUGAGAAAGGUGUGAUAGUUUUAGUAACUGGAUGCUUAACCGGGAAGGAUAAUGUGAAAAGGAAGUUCUCACAGACAUUCUUUCUGGCACCACAAGAUAAGGGGUAUUAUGUCUUAAAUGACGUCUUUAGGUAUGUUGAGGAGAAUGACACACUGCAGUCAUCAAAUCCCGACUCCACUGUCAAUGAAAAAGCUGAGGCAGUGGCCAUGCCGGAAGCAGAUAAUAUACAUGCUCCAGAACAUCUUGUGACCAACCCUGCAAUAACAGCAGAGAGUGAAAACCUUAAUAAUGGAGCUGAAGGUUAUAAUCCAGAGGACAAUGAGGAAGAAGGAUCAGUUAUUGAUGAAGAGGUUGCUGAACCCUCUGCAGAUUUAAGUCAGAAUGUUGCGAUUCAUGAUUCAACUUCUGCAGUCCAGGAUGAUGCACCGAAGAAGUCAUAUUCAUAUGCAUCAAUUGUAAUGAAAAGUAACACAGCAUCUGGUCCUGUAUAUGUUCCCAGCCGAACUGUAAGAGCAGUACCUGCUAAAUCCAGUGAACAAUGGCCUACUACUACCAAACCAACUCCAGUACCAGAGGCAUUAGCUCCUAGUAAUGACAGUGCUCCUGGGAGUAGUGAUGUUCAUGAGGAAGCUGAAGGUCAUUCCAUAUACAUACGGAAUUUGCCAUUUAAUGCAACUGUUGAACAACUUGAGGAGGUCUUUAAGAAAUUUGGUCCUAUUAAGCAUGGUGGAAUCCAAGUUAGAAGUAGUAAGCAUGGCUUCUGUUUCGGCUUUGUUGAAUUUGAGGAAAUGACUUCCAUGAAUAGCGCACUUGAGGCUUCACCUAUCACCGUUGGUGAUCGACAAGCUGUUAUUGAGGAGAAGAGAACUACUACAAGAGUUAGUGGUAGUGGAAGAGGAAGGUUUCCCUCCGGAAGAGGUGGGUUCAGAAGUGACAGUUUCAGGGGGCGUGCAAAAUUUGGUGGCGGAAGAGGUUAUGGCAGAAAUGAGUUCAGAAACCAAGGAGAGUUCACAACGCGACCUAAGGGUCCAGCUGGACAAAAGGGAGAUGGUUCUCAACGGCCCAGUCAAAAUGGAAGUGGGCGGGGUGGACGGCAAGGUGUUGGCAACCGAAGUACUGCACCAUCAACUUGAGCAUGAGGUAAUCAUAGUUUAAUGGGAAAUUUGGGGGUUGGGGGGGAUUUUUUUAUAGGAGGAAGGCAAACUCCUAUUUCUUUUCCACUUGUUUAGGCAGAAUUUGAGGUUUACAACUUGAAUUGUUGCAAUCAUUUAAUGGAUUAGUGGGUUGAUCUGCCCAUGCAGGAGUGUUUUGACACAAUCAUGUAUUCCUUUUUUUUCUCCAUAACGAUGCACUUUGCCUUGUGCUAUUUUUCUAAGCCAUAUUGAGCAUGAGUGUUCCACCUAUUACAGUUAUUUAGCAUGGAUAUUUGUGUGGAAUUUUCUUAUGUAAAUUGGGAACCUGUUCAUGAACACAACAUUUUCACCUCUGGUGAUUGCAAGAGAACUUUUCCAGGUUUUA